AUGAGGUUGACCGCCGCCGAGAAAGAAAAGAAGGAUGAAGUUGAGGUGUUUAAUCUCCAACAAGAAAUCAAAAAACAACAGAGGGAAUUUGUAGAAUUAUUAGGAUUAGACCAGAAAGAAAAUAAAAUUAUUCAGGAGUUAAAUCAGGCGAAGAAAGAAUUAGCCCAAGCAGAAAAGGAAUUAAUUAUUUGUCAAGAGGGGGAAAAGUUAGACCUCGAUAAGGCUAGUGAGUUAAUGAAUUUAACCAUUCCUUCCCGAAAAGAAAAGGUCAAAAAAAUCGAGAAGGAAGCCAAUCGCAAUGUACUAAGAAAAUAUUUUAUAAACCGAGAAGAUAUUGCUUUAACCAUUGCCCAAAAGUAUGAUUUAUCCAUUGGAAAAAUCUUGGCUGAUGAACAGCAAAAAUUGCUUUUCCUUCCAGUUAUUCUCCAACAAAGGGUGAAGGGACAGAAACAGGCUUUACGAGCAGUUAGUGAUGCUAUUUUUCGGGCUCGGGCUGGGGUUCAGGACCCUAAUCACCCUUUGGCCUCCUUUUUGUUUGUAGGACCAACCGGGGUAGGUAAGACCGAAGUGGCUUUAACCAUCGCCGAGCAACUUUUUGACCAAAAAAAAAAUCUGAUUCGUUUGGAUAUGACCGAGUUCUCCGAACCACAUUCAAUUAGUAAACUAAUUGGCUCUCCUCCUGGUUAUAUUGGCUUUGAGGAGCGACCGCGACUAGAAGUUAUUCGAGAAAAAAUGUAUAGUGUUAUUCUUUUUGAUGAGAUAGAAAAAAGUCACCCCGAGGCUAUUAAUAUUCUUUUGCAGAUACUAGAUAAUGGUUUUCUAACCUUGGCUAACGGCCGGGAAGUUAAUUUUCGCAAUACGAUUAUCAUUUUAACUACUAAUCUAGGUUCAGAAUUAUAUUUUGAGGGGAAAAAAAUGGACGAAAUAAAAGAGGAAUUAAAUUUUGAAUUAAAAAGUCACUUUCGUCCAGAAUUUCUCAACCGCCUUGACGAAAUAGUUUUCUUUAACCCUCUAAGCAGGGAAGUUAUUAAAGAAAUUAUUAUUAAAGAAUUGGAUUUGUUUAUUCAGCGGGUCGCCCAGGAGAAAAACAUUACAUUAAG